GCAAAAUUUUGUAGUUUCUUGGUGUCCUGUAGGAGCCAAAUGACUGUAAAACUGCAGGCAGUCACAAGAACAAUGACCUCAUAGUUUUCAUCUCAAAUUUGUCAUCCCGAAGGCCUGCAGGAGUAAAACAUACAUAUCCCCUUUCCUUAAUAUUCCAUAGGGGACUCACAACACCCUAUUUAAGAGAGCCUUUCUUUUAAGCCUAUGCACCUCAGUCCACCACAUUCAAAAUCAUCAAAAUACCAUAUCCCUUGCAUCAAAUCAAGUUCUCUUCCAUGGCCUCUACAAUAUUUUCCAUCAAAUUCUUCUCAUUGUUCAUUUCUUCGAUUGCCAUCAUCGGAAUGGCGACAGCCGGAGAUCCAAAUAUCCUCUCCGAUUUUGUACUCCCUCAAAAUGCCACUUUAAUUGAUGGAAAUUUCUUCACAUUUACUGGCAUGCGCUCCCUUUUCUUGUCUAGCCCUCCCACAACCUUUAAGGUAUUGAAAGCAAGCAUGGCUGAAUUUCCAGCUCUCAACGGGCAGAGUGUUUCCUAUGCUAUAUUGGAAUUUGCUAAUGGCACCAUUAAUCCACCCCACAUCCAUCCUCGCUCUGCCGAGCUUCUUUUCCUACUUGGGGGUACCCUUCAAGUAGGAUUUGUUGAUACAACCAAUAAGCUAUUUACUCAAACAUUGACAGCGGGUGAUUUGUUUGUGUUUCCCAAAGGACUUGUGCACUUCCAGUACAAUGCUGACCCUCAAGAUUUGGCUUUAGCAAUUUCAGCUUUUGGUAGCGCAAAUGCUGGAACUGUUUCAAUUCCUAACACUUUGUUCACCACUGGCAUUGACGAUAAUGUGUUGGCUAAAUCCUUCAAGACCGACGUUGCCACCAUUCAAGCUCUUAAGGCUGCUCUUGGUGCUCCCAAGCCCUGAAGAUAGUCAUUCCUUUCCAUUAGUUGCUAUCUUAGCAUUCAGUGCAAUUUUCUAUGCUUUCAUUCCUUUGUGCUGCUUUCCUUUUUGGGGUUUAUUUUUUAGUGUUAAAUAAUAAUCCUUCUUGUUAAGAAGAGUAUUUACCAUUUAUCAUCAAAUUGAUUGUUGUCUCUUCUCCAUCAACAAAGAUACAUAAAACCCUUUAAAUAGUGUUGGAUAUGGAUUUUUAUGCAUUCAAAGUAAAUAAAAAAAACUCAACUGCAUUGCUGUUCUUGGCUUCCAUGUAUAUGCACAUGAAGUAACCUGAUAAUUGCACUCUGGAGUUAUGAUUUAAGUGUGAGAGAUUCAGAGAAGAGCAUGUAAGGGUAAAAUUGGACGGCCACUUUGAGCUCAGGCAAAUGAGAUGCAGUCUUAUAUGCAGAGGUUGCUGAAUCAACAUUAGGUUGCUGAAUGAAGCAUCUCAAAAGACUAUGGAUCUCAAAGGUUUGAGUUUUUUAACCUUUGUUGUCUCCGGCUACUAGAGUAACAAAAUGGUUUCCAUAGAUUAGUCAUUUAAGAAUAACAAUCCCACAGGGAGCAGGAAGCACCACAAGUCGUGAACACAAGUCAAUUGUGAGAACGAAAGCAAACCCGCAAAAUGUUAAAUAAUAAAAAUAUGUUCGUCUAGUAAACCACACAAGACAUUGGGAAGCAACCACAUCACCAGCACUAAAGUUGAAUGAUGGGAAAAUUGGGCAAAAAA